UGAUAUUAAAAAACAUUUAUGGGAUAAGAGGUACUUAUUGUUUUCAAAAUUCGACGAAGGAAUCAUGAUGGACAAUGGUAAUACAAUUAUUAUUUCAACAAACUUAAGUGUUUUACUAUAUUUGACGUUUUUUUUUUUUUUUUAGAAUCAUUUUAUUCAGUUUGUCCCGAAAUCUUGAGUACACACAUAGCGUUAAGAUGUCCAGGCCUACACGUCGCUAUGGAUCCGUUUUGUGGUGCUGGUGGUAACGUCAUCCAAUUGGCCAAAAGAUACAAACAAGUAAUCGCUGUGGAUAACGAUGCUAAUAAAUUGGAAUUUGCGAAAAGGAACGCUGAGAUUUAUGGAGUCAGAGAGAAGAUAACAUUUAUACUAGGAGAUUUCUUUGAAAUCGCAGAAUCCUUAAAAAAAUAUAAGCCACAGGUCAUAGUGACAUCUCCUCCAUGGGGCGGCCCUUCGUAUAAGAAACACGAAGUGUACAGUCUCGAAAAGCAUAUGUGUAGCAACUACGAAGGAGGCGGUAAAAAACUCUUCGACCUGUUGAGAAGCAUUGCUCCUAAUGUAGCACUCCACAUACCUAAAACUACAGGUCGAAAUGAGUUGAUACAAUUUGGCAAACUAUUCGAUCUAGACAUGGAAAUUCAGCAUAAUUAUAUUGACAAUAGACACGAUUCCAUCACUGCGUUUUUCGGCCGCUUUUACAAUAUGAACACUAAAUACUUAUCCAACAACAAUAAACUUUACACUAAUAGAAAAUUCUUGAAGUAUCCAGAAUCAGCUGAUUACUAUUAA